UGAAGUUAUUUGUAGAUUUAUCUUCAGCGAAAAUAAAUUCUUCGAUAAAAAAGCCACCUCUGUGGAGGAAACCACCAUGACGUGCCCAGGAGUAACGAUAGAUAGUCCAGAUCAGGAGGUCUUCGUUGAAGUUAGCCUGAAUAAUGGCCUCAGCUUCAUCAGCAACGGUGCUAACAUCACCAGCAAGAACUGUGUGAAUGCCAGGAAUGCACCGGAAGCACCUCAAACUCCCGUUCCAGAUACUCCUAUACCACCAGUCGUGCCUCCCCCACCACCCAGCAAGACAUAUAUGCCAGAUAUCAGCCCUCUCUUCCUGGCUCUGCUGCUCGCAGCCCUGAUAUUAAUCCCGCUUCUUGUGUGGUGCAUCUGGCGAUAUUGCUUCAAAAGGACUGUCAAGGAGCCACCACAAGUGCGCGUUAUACAAAGGGAGCCAGUGGGAAAAUGUAUACAGACAUGCCCAACAAUGAUUAUCCCCUGUGGGUGCCAAGAAGGCCGGAUAAGACAAAUAGAGAGCCGUAAGGUGGUGCGCUCCGUCGCUGAGCUGCUGUGA